AUGAGUGAAUCCCCUUCCAACAAUGCAAUCGAUACUCAAGAAGACACGAAACCAGAUGCUGUAACUUUAUCGAAUGGGACGGUCUUAGUCGCGACCAAAGAUGAGGAGGGAGCGUUAGCUGAGAAAGAUGAAAUACCAAUUGAGGAACAACCAAAAGGGGAUUUGACAAAGAUUACAAGUGCAGAAGAUAACCGACCAGCUUCAGCUUUGGAUGGCGUAGAAGAUGAGAAAGAGCGACAUGUGGAUGGAAUCAGUACGAGUGAACCAUCGACAGAGCAAUCAUCGAUUCCCCAGGAACCUAUAAAUACCGAUGUCCCAUCCAAGACCGAAUCUAGUCUACCACCCACACCCACCAUCGCCGAACCUCCGUUAUCCGAGAGUCACCCUUCUCACCCUAGUCCCAGCAUACGGGCAGCCACUCCUUCAUCACGCACAUCUACCCCUCCAUUAGGCUCAACCGCAUUAGCGAAAAAGAAAUUUAGCUCGGUCAAUGUGAAUCAAAAAUUCUUGAGCAAAGCAGGUAGUCCAGCACCUAUCGCUGGACCUACAAAGAUCUCAUCAUUGAAUGGCCGACCCUCAGCUUCUCCUGUUCCAAUCUCAUCCUCCUCGUCACGUCUAUUAUCCACCAAGCUCACAACCGUACCUACCUCCAAAAGCAGUGUUUCCCCCAAUCCUCCUUCUUCCGCAUCCUCAUCACCAUGGGCAAAGCCUGUCGUUCCUCUACCUACCGAACCUCCCGCACCUGCUUCGACCCCACCUACAACCACCACAACCACCCUACAUCAACCUGCUCCCACACGAGCAAGAGUCCUUGGUACGACUACUGCACCCGCAAUGGGAGCAGGCUUAGUGUCGGCUAUGGUACCCCCCAAGCCCGCAUGGAAAGCUGUCUCUGGAGAAACUAGAAAACCUGGAUUAGGAAUAUCGCGGGAUUUCCCGACAGCCAAGGAGGUUGCGGAUGGCAAAAAAGCUGCUCAGAUUGCUGCCCAAGCGCAAGCUGCUCAUAAUCAAGCAAUUCUGCAGGAGUUGAAUACGUUCACUCAGCUAGAUCCAGGAGCUCAUCGAUGGGAUGAGGAAGACGAGGAUGACGAAUUGCUUGAUUUUGGUGAUGGUACCGGAGAACAUCCACAGAUCAAUCCGUCCGUCCACGAUGUGCCUGAGAGUCAGCCAGUAUCGAAGUCAGAGCGAUUUGCAGAAGAUUUUGAUCGAAGUUGGCCAAGAAAGCCACUGCCCUCACUUGAAGGACAGCAAGGUCUCUCAUCCUCGCGGCGACCAGAAGUAGACAGCAAUCGAGUAUUAUUCAACGCAUCCUCUAAUCGACUUGAAACGUCCCGACACCCUCCAUCUUCCACUAUGCAACCUACCAGACUAAUGUCUCGACCCACAGAUUCCGGUACUCGACAGCCACCGCCACAUAUCGCGGGUGGUCGAGAUUUAGAUCGACCUCUUCCUCCUCACCUCUCAGGACAAGCCGGCGAUCGAGCGCUUCCUCCGCAUAUGUCACAUCCACCUUCCGAACCUCGACCCGCUCAAAGUAUAUCAGCAGCUCCUCCACCCACUCGAUCAGCAUGGAACGUACCUAGAGAUAACGAAAGACAACUCCCACCCCAUCUCGCCGAACGACGAGACCUUCCUCCUCAGUCCAGUGCUUUCGCCCAAUCUCGGUCACCUGAAAAGUCGCUGUCAGACCUGCCUGCUCGUAGAUCUUUCGGUCAAGCCGCGAGGCCCUCGGUUGCAGACAUAGCUCCUCCCGCCGUGGAUCAAGCCCUCACGUCACCCACGAUUCCUGUCGACGCCCAAUCAGCUGAAAUGCACACUGCUGCAGAAAAAGCGAAAGCUCGUCGCCUAGCAGAAGAAGCAGACAGGGAAGCCGCAGCAGAACGAGCAAGGCGAAAGGCGAAGGAGCUUGAGGAAAGAUUCAAGUCUACAACGAGUAAUCAUGAAGUGAAACCUACACAACCUCAACCACCUGCAGAGAUCGUAAAGGAGAUUCCUCAAAUCACAUUGGCUCAAAGACCUAGACCAACACAUCCCGAAAGACCGCUUCCACCGAACUUGGGGUUACCGAGUAGACCAGAAGUGGGUGAUAGGCAUAUUUCGGGAAUGUCUGGCCGAGCUGCAGAAUCAUCGUGGAGAAGAGGACCUCAAUCAUCUACUCAAGCGGAGGAGGCAUCACAUCCCGCCAUUUCGCCACUUGCUGCUCACAUCAGAUCAUCCAGACCUACAGCCGAGUCGUUCUUCGAAGCCGAAAUGGGAGAUGUUCCUACAGUAUCAAUUACACAUAUAACCGGUACUACCCCACCAAAGAAAGAAGCCGUCUUUGAUGAUAUGUUGGCACGUAUACAAGCCGCUAUGGCCGAAGCUCGAGCGACAUCUUCAGCAUCAACUGAUGCCGGCCCUUCGACUCAAGACGCACCACAGUCUCCUGAAGCGGUCAGGAUACAAUCCCGACCCGUCAGUCACAACAUAGCAUCGACACCUGUCAUAUCAAAUGUACAGGAAUACUUCGACGUAUCAUACCCAGAACCACCAAAAUCCCCACCACCCGCCUGGCGUACAUACACCAUAAAAUUACCCAAACCUCAGCCAGCUCGAAUACCAAUACCUCGGGCUCGCUUAAGCGCUGCAGAAGGUCCCCGUACCCCCAACCCCCAUGGCUGGUUGAUGAGCUUCAACCCACCUCUCAACGGUGUCAAUGGCUUACCUUUAUCCCGAGCCGAACUCUUGCUACCUAGACCCAUCCCAAAUCGCUUCCAACGAUCAGCGCCUGUGGUCAGCAUAUCCCCCAGACACUUGGAACCUUUCGAGAAGAAGAUCAAGAAGAAGCCUUCGACCAUCGAGGCAGCUCGAGCUACAUCGGAUCAGCCUACCGCUUCAGCCGAAAGCCUUCUUCCCGCUCCCACCACACUCAAAUCCCAAUCUCUACGAGAUCAAAGGACCCGUCCAGAUGAUUGGCGUCAAGCCGAGUCAUCGAUCACAGUUGAGAAACCUAUCCCUCUGCCUGCUGAAGAAGCCCCAAAGGUUGAACCGCCACCAAGAAAGAUCAAAUCUCCCGUGAAAACCUCUGCUGCUGCGAAAGCUGAAAGAGAAGGUAGAUUCGCCUUUGAUGGAGUAACGAUUGGUGCGCCAGAAAAGGAAAGGAUGGCUCUUUCCGACAAACCAGGUGUACGAUUCAUGGUAUCGAGUGAAUUGGAAGGUGACAGUCUGUUAGACGAGGUUAAUAAGAUGAGUUUGGAGACUUUGGGUGAGGAUGAGAAAGCUCAAAAUGGAGUGGGCGUUGAAACAGCGAAAAUACCAGGUGCCGAAGCACCGAAAACCCCUCCCCUCCCUCGACCUGCUUCUCCAAAUACUUCGACUUGGCCAAGCACUUCCCUAUCAUACCCUACCUCUCACUCUCCCGCUCGAAAUUCUUCUCAGCACGAUCACAAUGCUAUCAAGUCAGUCUGGGAGGCCCAGCAGGCAACACCCAAACAGUCUUCCGAACUCAACGCUGCUGCUCCUAUGUAUCCAAGCUUGAAUGCACCAUCAGCUGCUGACCCUCCUGCUGUUCAGCAAGCAACCGGAGGAGGAAUGAAGAUGGCGUUCUCGAACUCUCAAACAUUCAGCUCGCCAGGUGCUGGUCCCUCUGUCCCUUCAGCAAAUCCAUACGGCUCGCUUCGACCUUCUCCUGCUACCCAUUCGCAAUAUGGUCAAUUCUCGACUCCUAGUCCCGACAACCCAAAUCAUCAUAUGAUCGGAAUGAAUUACCAAUCAAUGACAAACCCCCGAGCCGGUACAAAUGGUUUCCAACAAGGUGUAUGGUCGCCCACGGCCUUCGGAACCUCUAUGGCUUCUCCAGGUUAUGGAUACACCGUACCUAAAUCUUCCAUGUCGAUAGACCAGAAAUCCCCAGUUGCAAUGGGUUACAGUAAUGCGAAAUCACCUGAAUCAAUGGUAUAUCCAGGUUACUCGACGACAGCAAAUGGUUAUCCCCAGCAGCAGCAGGGGUAUGGUGUCACACCUGGAAAUUAUGGACGAGGUGGUAUGAACCAAUCGAUGUAUUACGGAUAUGGUGCACCUGGACAGCAGACGCAAGGUGUUAGACCGGUUGGUGCUGGACAACAACAGCAAGGGCGAUUAGCUCAAGCCAACGGAGAGUAUGGUACUCAGAGUCCACAAGCCCAACAGCAGUAUAAUCUAGAUCAAGGUGGAUAUUACGGUGGCUUAAGUAGUCAUCAAACACAGCAAGCUAUGUACUCCAACAAUGGUGGAGCAUACGCUCAUCAAUCACAUGGAGCUGUGGGACAAAAUCAGAAUGGAAGGGCAACAAUGGGAGGUACAAGGAAGAUGUGGUAA